CUAAUGUUAGACGUUGACUCUUGAGAGGACGGUUAACACCAUGAGCUCACAGUUUGGGAGGAUUGAAGAUCCAUUGUUGGAAGCAUCAGCUAGAAUAAUUCAAAAUUAUUCUUGGGGGGGUAUGUAAGAUUAACCACACAGCAGCAUCUUAGAUGUUUAAGAAAAAAACAAAAACAAAAUAUCACUAUUUUAGAACACAUUUCCACCCAACAUCUACUACAAAAUCUUCACCCACCGACCCGUCACGGAUGUAUGUGCCAGCAGCCCAAAGAACUAUUACAUCCAGACAGGUGUUGGGAAGCAUGUGGGUGAGAUGCAGCGUGACCCCAAAGGGUGGUAUCAGCGUAUUGAGAACAACAGCUGGAGGUUGUUUUACACUAGGCUGCUUCCCAUCAUUGAACCCAAGGAGAUUGGUGCAAACAUGAAAAAAGACUUUCACUACUCCAGGUUGCAGCGGCAGCAGGAGGUGGACAGGUGGAGGAAAAGGAGGAAAAUUGAGUGGUUGAGGCAGAUGUAUAACCUCAGUGGUAUGCAUACCCAAUUGUGGCAUAAUCCAAAUGCUUUCCUGGAGGUGGUAAACACCACUGAAGAGGGGACGAAUGAUGAGUUGGAGGAUGAAGAGCUGGAGGAGCUUCUGACAUGGUCUUCAAAUCUUAGCUUUGAAAAGUAAGGCCAUCUUUUGUCUCUCAAUUAUAUAGAAUUCAGAUGUCCAGCUUAUAUAUAAAUAUUUUCUUAUUUGUGUAGGUACAUUGAGGAUUGGAAGUGUUUGCUAGGGCCCCAUGACAUUCUAACAUCUGACACCAACGUUGCAUUUGCAUCUCCACUGGUUGUUGCUGUCCACACUUUUAUGGCAUUUCUUACAGUUGGCUGCAGUGGGAGGCUCAACCUUGACCUAUUAAACCUGAGGCAUGAGGCAUUGUUAAAUCAUAACAACAUACAUGUGAUUUUUUGUUAUUGUUAACAGUUUUAAAUAUUUAGCUAGCACCACCUGCAGGUCAGGGAGGGGUAGCUUUGUGUAGCACUUUGCUGCUUAGCACACAAUGGAGGGUUCUCUGGAGGGAUGUGGAGUGUUAGUUUUCCAUAGUUCCUAGCAAGUAGAGGUGUUCUGGAACAACAGGGAGUCGUCUGGAGAGUGGGUGUGAAGAGAAUUUGGGAGAAAUUCUCUUUAAAUGUAUGGGACUGAGAGGCUGCUUGCCAGAAGGCCUUUGACUUGUAUAUGUGCUUGAGGAGUUUCCUGCUUCCAGACUCAUACCAAUAUGAAAACCACUGAAAUCUAACAAUAGGAAGCACUGUGGGUCAAAGUCAUUGUCUUUGUCUGUUCUCUCAUAACAUUAGGACCAAAGCAACAGCUAAAUCAGGAAAAGAUGGUCUCUACCUUUUUAAAAAAAAUACAAAUAACACUACGCUUACAUCACAACUCCAUGUGUCAGCAACAUUUGUUAACAUUCUUUCUAACCUACUCAUUGCUAGUUUGCUGACCAGAAAUGGCACAUAUCCAGCAAAAAAAAUAAUGUGUC